CUGAACUGUGGACCUGCACAAUGCAAUCUGAUUGGUGGAUAUUUUGGUAUCACUUAAAACACUUAAAGCAUCCAGGUAUAAUGUUAUAAGCAUGCAUAAGCCUUUAUAUUGUUAUUAACAAGACUGAUCAAUUUGUUUCUCUGUAUAAAAAUACAGAAAUGUAAAACAUACAGUAUAUAUGACUACAAGGAGAGGCAUCCCUCACUGGAAAACAAAUUCUAAGAAAAAGUUAAUUAUUGUCAUUUGGCAAACUGUUGAAUGUAAAAGAUGAACCUGAUGUGUCUACAGGCAGUUCCAGGGGCAAAUGUACAAACAGUUUAAUCUUUUCAAUAAUGUGGGGGGUGAUUUUCUCAAUGGAUAAGGCCUGAGAAACAGCAACACCUGUCAGCUAAGCAACGCUGGCAUUCUGAAACUGAACAAAUAGUUACCGUCAGCCCGGUAGGAACUGUACCGUUGUUUUUACAGUACCAACUUGCUCGAGAAACAACUAUAGCUUCCCUGGAAUGAAGAAGUAGCCUGGCCAAUAGGCGUGACAUAACGGUAAGGGCCCCAGGAGGAGGGGAUGCGAGAAGAUACCUCUCACGCAUCACCGGGCACCGUGACGGGACACACACACCCCCUCGCGCGCCCUCAUGCAGAAUUAAAAUCCCCCUUCCCGCACACUCAGCACUACAGUAUUCAAGGUGCGGCUCGAACUAUAACAGCUGGAAAGGAGAUCAAGAACAACUUUUUCACAGCUCAGAGAUUGUGUUUACUGAUGCUAUUCUGCCGCAUAAAAUGAAGAUAGGUAAACCUUGCAAAGAUAGACUGCAAUAAGAGAACUGUUGUGUGCCUUUGGACACACACACAAAAAAGGAUUCUUAGUUUUUUCGCCAAAAUAAACUUAUUUACUUACUCAUUAAAAAAAUAAUCGACAAUCUAUUUUUUUUCAAGAUGGCAAACUCGGGAAUUCAACUUUUAGGAUUCUUCCUGUCACUCGUCGGUGUCAUUGCACUUAUCGUGGGGACCAUUCUUCCACAGUGGAAGAUGUCUGCGUACAUAGGAGACAACAUCAUAACGGCGGUUGCCAUGUACCAAGGACUAUGGAUGUCAUGCGCUUUUCAGAGCACAGGGCAGCUCCAAUGUAAAAUAUAUGACUCAAUCCUGCAGCUAGACAACACUCUCCAGGCCACCCGUGCCCUGAUGAUUGUUGGCAUCAUCGUAUCCAUUGCUGGGCUGGGCGUGGCCACCAUGGGCAUGAAGUGUACCACCUGUGGAGGGAACAACAAAGUGCGCAAGUCUCGCACCGCCAUGACUGGAGGCAUCAUCCUACUGGUUGGAGCUCUGUGUGCGUUAGUGGCCUGCUCGUGGUUCGCUCACAAUCUCAUCCGGGCCUUCUAUAACCCAUAUACUCCUGUCAACACCAAGUUUGAGUUUGGGGCAGCCAUCUUCAUCGCCUGGGGGGGUUCUUUCCUGGACGUGCUGGGGGGAGCCAUGCUGGCAUCUUCCUGCCCCAGGAGUAAAAAGCCGGUGCUCAAAUACCCUGUCAUGAGUGGCGUGAGUGCCCGCUCACCCUCCGGCAGCACCAAGGAGUACGUGUGAGCUAAAUAAAUCAUGCUGCCAGAUUAUAAUGAGAUUUACAGAAAUUGUUGUGAGGUUUACAGACA